CUCACAAUUAUUCUCCACUAAAUUAAAGGGGAAAAAAAGAUAGAAAUUAAAUUUUGUUAUUCAUCAAUGGCUGCAAUAAUUCUCAGUGUGCUUUCUACUUCUACAUAUAAACUUCCUUCUAUUCAUAGAUCUCAUGCUGCAUCUUCAUUUCGCAUGUGUUAUCACACCACAACAACAACUACAAGAAGAUCUGGAAAUUAUGGGCCUCCCACAUGGGAUUUCACUUACAUUCAAUCACUCAACACUACUACUUAUACUGGUGAGAGGUUUGUUACGAGGCGCGACGAGUUGAAGGAGAGAGUGAAAGAUAUGCUGAAGAAUGAAGAGAUGAAAGAAUUGGAGAAAAUGGAGAUGAUUGAUGAGCUUCAGAGGCUGGGAUGUUCUUACCAUUUUGAGGAAGAAAUCAUGGCAGCUUUGAUGGAUAUCUAUAUGAAGAAUAAGAAGAAGAAGAGUAGUAAUAGUAAAGGCUUGUAUGCCACAGCUCUUGAGUUUAGAGUUCUCAGACAAAAUGGCUUUAAUAUUUCUCCAGAUGUAUUUGAUGAAUUCAUGGAUGGAAAGAGGUCUAGUUUUAAUGCUAGUCUCUAUGAAGACACAAAAGGAUUAUUGAACUUGUACGAAUCUUCUUUUCUGUCAAUGGAAGGUGAAACAACUUUGGAAUUGGGUAGAGAUUUCUCAGCCAAGCAUCUCAAACAUGCAUUAAAGCUGCCAUUACAUUGGAGGAUGCCGAGGUUAGAGGCCAGAGGUUUCAUUGAUUCAUACGACAAAGGAAAAACAACCUCGAAUCCCACCCUCUUGGAGUUGGCUAAGCUAGACUUCAACAUUGUUCAAGCUGUGCAUUUGGAGGACUUAAGAUUCGUAUCAAGGUGGUGGAAGAACUCGUAUAUUGCAGAAAGGUUAACAUUUGUGAGGGAUAGAGUGGUCGAGAACUUUUUCUGGACAAUAGGAUCAAACCCCAACCCUAAGUAUGUUAAUGGUAGAAGAACGGUGGCAAAGCUCAACUGUUUGAUUUGCACAGUUGAUGAUAUAUAUGAUGUUUAUGGUACUUUUGAUGAAUUGCAACUCUUCACAGAUACCAUUGAAAGAUGGGAUGAUGUAACAAAAGUAGAACAUCUCCCGGACUACAUGAGGUUAUGCUAUUUGGCACUCAACAACUUCGUCAACGAAGUUGCAUACGAUAUUCUUAAACAACAUGGCAUCUUUAUCUUGCAUCAUCUCAGAAAAUCGUGGGCAGAUUUAUGCAAAGCAUACUUACAAGAGGCAAAGUGGUACCACAGUGGAUACACCCCAACCUAUGAAGAAUACAUAGAAACUGCAUGGAUUUCAAUAGGCUGUCCUAUAAUAUUAGUGCAUGCUUUUCUCCAUGUCAACAACCCUGCGGAGUAUGAUGCUGCCCUUCAUUGCUUGACAGAUUAUCAUCAAAUAAUCCGUCUCUCAUCUAUCAUCCUUCGUCUUGCAAAUGAUAAAGGCACCUCACCUGAUGAGUUGAAAAGAGGUGAUGUCCCAAAAGCAAUACAAUGUUACAUGGGUGAGGCUAAAGCUUCUAUCAACGACGCUCGUGGUUUUAUUGAUUUGGAGAUGAAUGAGAUAUGGAAGAAAAUGAAUAAAUUUCGACUUGAAGGUGGUAGCCCUUUCUCCGGAACAUUCAUUGAAGUUGCGAUGAACGUUGCCAGAAUGGCUCAGUGCAUGUAUCAACAUGGAGAUGGGCAUGGCAUCAAGAAUUUAGAGACUCAGACUCGUAUCCAAACAGUACUCUUUGAACCUAUUCCCUUAAUUAAUAAUAUAAUGCCAUGAAAAUGUGGCUUCUUGUUCAGAAAUGAGAUAUAAUAUAAUUAAUAUAAGAGUGAGUCUCCUGUAUGUGAGAUCGUUUGAUCAAGAUGGAAAUGUAUGUGUUAGAAUAAUGAAAUUUCUGAAAGGUAAGAUAAUGUAUUUUAUGAGUUGGAAUAAUAUAUAUUUUAUGUGUUAGGAUAA